AUGGAAUUCAUAUUUGUAUUAUCUGGUUGGGAAGGUUCCGUUUCGGAUUCUAGAGUACUUCGAGAUGCAUUAAGUAGACCAAAUGGCUUAAAAGUACCAACAGUGGAUGCUGGUUACACUAAUGGUGAAGGAUUUAUUGCACCAUAUAGGGGAAUAAGAUAUCACCUUUCCGAAUGGAAAGAUGGUUGUGCACCCACAACUUAUCAAAAGUAUUUCAACAUGAAGCAUGCAUCUGCUAGGAAUAUCAUAGAAAGAUGUUUUGGGGUUCUUAAAAUGCGUUGGGCAAUUUUAAAAAGUCCAUCGUUCUAUCCAAUUGCAACACAAAUCAAGAUAAUUACUGCAUGUUGUCUUAUACAUAAUCUGAUUAGAAGAGAAAUGACACUUGAUCCUGGAGAAAUUGAAUAUGAUAGGGUGGAAGAUGUGGACAUUAGUGCAGACGAGGACAUUAUAGGAUCAAUUGCUUCCUUAAGUCAAUGGACUAACUGGAGAGAUGAGUUAGCUAAGCAAAUGUUUGAUGAGUGGAGAGGUCGUCGUGGUUAG